CUAAUGUUGUGAUAAUCUCCGAAUAUUCACGCUUGCAAACCAAAAUACUCGCGUCACUUUCUAAGAGCAGCGUAAGCUGUCACCGACAUGGGCAGUGAGCACUACUGCUUGAGGUGGAACAAUCAUCAAUCCAACCUGUUAGGGGUGUUUAGUCAAUUACUACAGGACGAGAGUCUGGUGGACGUCACAUUAGCUUGUUCAGAGGGCGCCCUCAUCAAAGCCCACAAGGUGGUCCUCUCGGCCUGUUCUUCAUAUUUCCAGAGCCUUUUUCUGGACCACCCCGAAAAACAUCCAAUUGUGAUAUUGAAAGACGUCCGCUUAGCCGAACUGAAAACAUUAGUCGAAUUCAUGUACAAAGGCGAAGUUAACGUGCAAUAUUGUCAGUUGUCGGCUUUGCUCAAAACGGCCGAGUCGUUAAAAGUUAAGGGCUUAGCAGAGAUGACCAAUCAGAACACAACACUCAGAGAGCCAGAACGUGAACCGGAUCGCUUGAGACCGCACUCGCAGCCUAGCAAGAGCACCUGUGACAGCCCCGUCGAUACUGCGUUAGCGGGCGGGUCCACCACAUCGAUAGCCACCUCAGCCGCAAACUUAGCCACAUCAGCAGCCUCCGCCGCCGGCGCUUCAUCAUCUGCCUCAGCCUCUAUUACCGCCACUUCAGCCUCGACGACAUCAGCAGCAGCAGCUACAACGACGCCAGUCAGCACCGCAGCUGCAGUUGUCGCUGCUGCCGCAGCGGCCGUUGCAGCGGCAACUCAGCAACAACAGCAAGCUGCCACAGCGUCUGCCUCCUCAACAACGACGUCAACGUCAACAGCAGCCGGCGCGGCCGGUACCGCAACAACGGCAUCCACAGCGCAAAAACGUGACGCUAGCGGUGAACGCGGCGGCGGUAGUCCGUCUGCGGCACCACCGUCUAAGCGUCAACAAAUGUCUCCCGAACGCGACUCAUCACCGCUGCCGCUUGAUCUCUAUCAGGGCCGAAGCGGCGAAACCAGUAUUGUUGGUGUGGAAAGUGGCCCAACUGCUGUCACGAGCGAUGAACGCGAUGUGACGGCGCAUGCCAUAAGUAAAAAUAACAACAGCAAUAAUAAGCAUGCAGCGACCAGCAGCGGUGGUGUUAGCGGGAGCGGCAGCGCGCAGGCGUCGUCUCACCAAAAUAACGGCAAUGGCGAAGGCAAGUCCCGGCGACAUGACGACUCGGAUGAUGAAGAUGACGAUGAGGGUGGCGGCGGCGGCGGCGGCAGCAGCAUGAGAGCGCUUGAUUCACCGCCCGUGCGACCCGCCUCCUGCAGCGUGCUAGACGUGAGCGGUAACAUCGGACUCACGCUAGGCGUGGUGGAGAAGAUCGAAGAACCCGAUAGCUAUGACGAGGAAAUGGAACUGGAUGAAGAUAUAGAAGACAAUAGUUCGAACGACGCCAUGGGCUUGAAUAUGAAAAUCGGCGCAGCCAUUAGCCAUUCAGCGGCUUCGCUGGCGUUGCCCUCACCACUCGGUGGUGGCAGCGGCGGUGGUGGCGGUGAUCCCGAGUCGGCACGUUCCACACCAGCCGCAGCAACAAGCUCGUCCUGCGGUGGACUUAUACUCGCGUCGGAUCUCACACACCAGCAGCAGCAACAUCGUGCAACUUCGCGUAGUCCACGUGAGUGCGUGAGCGCGGCUGGUGAGCGACCUAGCAGUAGUGGCGUUUGCGGUAUGCCGUCGACUUCGACGGGCGCUGGAAUGAGUCCUAGCGCAUCGGCAGCGGCGGCGGCAGCAGCAGCAGCAGCGGCGGCGGGCAGUGAACCGCUGGCGGGCACGUCUGGAUUGGGACCGGUGCAGUCGGUGCCAUUGUCGCUUAAGAAGGAGAUCGAUUGCAGCGAGGAUGACAACAGCAACAGUCGGCAUAUGCAUCAGCCGCGCUCGGCGUCGGCGGGCGGCGGUUUAGGCGGUGAUUUGGAUUAUCGUCUCACCACACACGAAUCGCUCUUUCGUCACUUCGGUUCACCUUUCAAUGCCAUGGGAAAUGGCAGCAGCGCUGCAGUAGCUGCCGCUCACUGUCCCACACCAUUCGCCUUUCCAUUUACACCAUUCGGCCUGAGCCUAUUCGACAUAGAUCCGUCCAGAAUUUUGGGUAUGCUCCGGCAUCAGACGUGGCUGGCCGAAGAAGCUUUAAAAAGUCGCAAUUUGCUAAAUACGCCUAAGGACUUUUCCCACCGUUUCAAUCCCAUCGGCGAAAUGUUCGCCAAGGAUUUCCAACAAAAUCAUUCGCAAGCCACCACUGCCGAAUUGCUUGCUGGCGUAGCAGCACCGAACAACAAUCGGGCCAGCGCUGUAAGCCCAGUAAAGCAAACAACAUCACCACAACAACAACACCCACUGCAACAUCAAUCUGAGCGUAACUCAAUACCGCAGCAGCAACAGCAGUCACAACAGUACAAACAGCAACACCAUCAGCCACCGCAGCAGCAACAAAGUUUUAACGUACGUUAUCCUUCACCAGCUGCAUUUUUCCAUCAUCAACAACAGCAGCAACAUGUGAAACAAAAGUCCUGCCAUCAAGGCACACCAUCACCUCAUACCACAGCCACCUCCACGCAAUCGAAGCCAGAUACCACACCUGCAGCAGCCAUAUCGCACAGCGAGACACCGGACGACGAUGCGGUAAUAGAACUUACCACACACGAUGACGCACGCGACAGUGGUCGUGAAAGCGCUGUACAUACGCCUAACAACAGUACGGGCACAUCUAGUGGUCUCGGCACCUCUGCUGCUACCAGCGCUUGCUCGCCGCUGCUUUACAAAGAAUCACUCGAACAACUGCUGCAACGUCGUCGGUCCGGCUCCUCGCUCGGUGGCGUAAGCGAUAGCUUGCGUUCAUACACACAGCUUUUGCUCUCCUCGAGCACGCCCGGUGGCACCGAUACGUCCAGCUGUAAGGAGAAAAGCUCCUCAUCGUCUACCUCAUCAACACCACCACCCACCUCAGCGCUGUUGGCGCAACACCAGUUGCUCACCCAACGGCUGAACAGUCCAUCGGAGACGUCGUCACUCUUUGGCGAAACGAUCGAAGAAGAAACGCGUUGCGUCAACUGCAAUGCACACUUUCCGAAUGUGUGGCUGUUGGAGCAGCAUGCUGCCCUCCAGCAUCCACACAUUGGACCGGGCGAGGAGAAACCAUUCAUUUGCGAGCAAUGCGGCCAAUCGUAUCGCUAUCGUUCCGCCUAUGCCAAGCAUAAGGAGCAAAAUCAUCGCGCCCGCUUGCCGGCCGACAAGCUCUUCACGUGCGACGUCUGCGGCAUGCAAUUCCGUUAUCUCAAAUCGUUCAAAAAGCAUCGCCUCAAUCACGCGCUGGAGCGCUUGCACGGCAAAAAGGGCGCGAUCGGCAAACAUUGCCUAACACCAGCGCAUAUGCUGGGCGAACAGGAUGUGGUAACCAGCUCGCAAGAGCCGAUGGUGGCCGACGAGGGUGGUGAAGAUUUACGCAUCAGCGUGAAGCGCGAACAAGAUGAUGAUGAACGUGAACAGCAAGACCGUGAAGAUCAGGAUUGCACCAUUGAUUCGGCUGGCCUGAUGAUCUACACUGAUAACAACAAUUCGACGGCUUUAGCUAAAACCAGCGUCGCAGAGGCGAACAUUAGCAGUUCAGAUGGAAUUCAUAGUACAAAUAAGGGGCCUCGCCUUCUUACAACUCCACAAAUGGAAACGGAUCCCUCCCAUCAUCAUAUGCAACGCCAUCCACAUCAUCACCACCAACAUCAGCAACUACAACAGCAACAGCAACAUCAACAACAGUUGCCACCACAUUUGCAAGGCAGUGUGGCUGGUACAUCACUGCCACGACAUCAACAUCCGCAUCCACAUGUACAUGCACACACACACGCUUCUCUGCCCCAUUCGCAUCAUCCACAUGCGCAUGCGCAUCACGUUGCUGCGUCCACAUUGAAUUCACUCAACUCCAUCACGUCGCUGAUCAAUGCCGAGCGCAUACCGAACGAACAAUUCCUGGGCCUUAAUCCACAGGAGGCUUCAAUACUCAAUUUUCUGCGUGUCGAUGCAGCAGAACGUCAGCGGGAUAAGCGCCCCCAAACCUCACGUUUCGCCUGCCCCUUCUGCGGCAAAUGCGUACGCUCCAAGGAGAAUCUGAAAUUGCACGUGCGCAAGCACACCGGCGAACGACCAUUCGUGUGCCUCUUCUGUGGACGCGCUUUCGGUGGAAAAUCGGACCUCACUCGCCAUCUGCGCAUACACACCGGCGAACGGCCAUAUCACUGCGAAUCGUGCGGCAAAUGUUUCGCACGCGCCGACUAUCUAUCGAAGCAUCUUACAACUCAUAUACACAAUGCACCACGCUGAGAUGAGGUGCGGAGGAGACAACGACUCCUUCGCAGAUAAUAGAAUGAACAGCCAAGGGAGCGUUGGUGGUGGGAACAUUGGUGGUGGAGUUGCUUUGUAGCUGCCACUGCCGCAGCGGAGAGCUGUGCAUUGCCAGAUGUUGCGGGGAAAGAGACACAGCAAUAUACGUAGAUAAGUGGAUAUAAAAAUGCUUUGACACAAAAUGAUAGAGGAAAAAAUAUGCAAGAGAGUAUAAAACAUAAAAAGAACAAAUACACAUUCACAAAAUUUAAUAAUUACAGAAAAUCGUGCGCAAAAAUAAAAUUUUAUGUACACAAAUAUGAGAGCACUGGCUGCGUAAAACAACUACAACUAGAAAUAAGCUCACAUUAUUUGCGAGGCAGUGAAUUUUAAGGAAAAAACAGGCAAAGUGGAGCCUAGAAAUGAAGGCACCAAAAAAUUUUAUCGAUCUUCUUUAGUGCUCUACCGCAAAACUCAUACCUUUUAUUUUUAAAUUAUGUAGAAUCCUUGGUUAAGACGUAUAAAGAAUUAUUUUAAGAAUAUGUUCAAUGCGAAGCAUUCAUACUAGAGUUCAGUUUGCUUAGUUAGAAGUGCUAAAGUUCAGAAUUUUAUUAAGUAAAACCAUAAACACGGGUAGUAGAUAUUACGUAUGAAGGUUUAAAAAAUAUAUUUUAUAUACAUAAAUAUGUAAGCAGGUAUUUAGUUCUAAGUCUUAAAGAAGUCUCUAUUUUCCACUGUUGAAAGCAAGUUCUCUAAACCUUUUAUUCUUUAAAUUUUCUGCUUGAAAUUCAGUAAUUUAAACAUUCUGUAUAUGUUUGAAAAUUCUUCAUUGAAGGAGAGGGAGAUUAGCGAAAAUCACGAAAUUUAGGAGUUAAGAAAACUUUUGAUUCGAAAAUGUAUUCAAUUGAGGUGAAUGACAAAGAAUAAAAAAGGUAUGUAAUUAAUAUUUACUC